UGGCAAUGCUGUCCCUGGGGUCCUGGCUGCCUGCAUGGCCGGGGCUGGCGUGGGGCUGGGCGCUGCUGGAUGCAGUGCUGCAAGGUGAGGCCACGGGGACAUGGGGAUGUUGGGGACAUUGGAGACACGGUGACACGGCACUGCUUCUUCCUGCAGGGCUGGUGGGGGCCUGCGCCACCUCGGUGCUCUGCAGCCUGCUGAGGGUUUAUCUCUUCAUCCAGUGCCUGAACGACCCGGCGCGGCAGGACCUGCGGGUGGCCCUCGGGGCGCGGCGGUUGGUGCUGGAGCCGCUGCACAUGCUGGUGCUGACGGGCAUCCUGGCGCUGGUGGGCUCCCGCGUGGCCGCGCUGGUGGUGCUGGAAUUCUCCCUGCGUGCCAUCUCCACCCUCCUCUCCCUCAGCAAGGGUGCCCACAGCAUCCACCUGCUCGUGCUGUGCCAGUUCUCACUGGGCUGCGGGCUGUCCUGCGGCCUCAGCUUCCUGCUGGAGGGAGCUCCCCAUGCAACCUGCAACCUGGUGCUGGCGGCAGGGCUGGCGGGGCUGCUGGCCGUGCACGCCCGCCGCUUGGCUCUACACACCUGCAUCCUGUAUGAGCUGCACAGCCAGCAACGGUACUGCGGUGUCUGCAUGCUGCUGCUCACCUCUGGGCACGGCGUGCCCCGGCUGCUGCGCAAGGCUCUGGUUGUCGCCUUCGUCGUGGCUGACCUGGCCGCCAUCGCGCUCAUCAAUCGUGAUUUCCUCUCGACGGCGGAGGCUGUCCGCUUCUGGACGCCGCUCACUAUCUGCUACACGCUGCUCAUCGUUUACAUGCAAGAGGAGCAGCGGUCAGGCAUGGGCAGGCAGUCAGCCUACCAGACAGUGCAGGUGCGCAUGGGAGGCCUCUUCAUCCUCCUCUUUGCCGUGGGUCGCUGGAUAGACAUACUUCACGUCUUCUUCUCGCUGCUGGGAGAGCUCUGGUGCCUGCUCCAUGCCAGCGUCCUGCUGGAAGUGUGCCGGCAGCAGGAUUUCUCCCAGCAGCAUCGACCGACGUCAGGAUCAUCCUGAGGUGUAAGCAGGGAUGAGGAACUCGGAGCAGCUCCCUAAGUCCUCCCUGCUGUGCUGGACAGCUGCUAUGGGGACAUGGGAACACAGGAGAAGGGGCUCCUGGAAGGUGCUGGAUCCCAUCCCAUUGGAUACGUGGAUGCUUGUACAGCCCUGACUUUUGAGGCCCCCCUCCCCAUGGUUGUGAUUGGGCUGGGGGUCAUCUCCCUUGUCCUGCUGUGGGAUGUGGGAUGUAGACAGAUGCCCCCAUCCUCAGGGGCUGCCAGGCUGCACCACCGAGGUGCACUGAGGGACCCCUGGAGCUUUAUAAAUCGUGGAAAAUAAAAGUGUUUUAUUCCCAGCAAAUGCCUGGGCAGAGCGAGCUGGGGUCCUGUUGUGUUGGGGUCCGGCUCAGGGACAGUCAGGGCAGAGCUUUCUGGGGGGGUGCAUGCUGCAAAGGGGGACAGAGGCAAAGAGGGGUGCCCCCAAGCCCCAAACACUUUUGGCUGUUCUGGAGGGCACCCAGUCCUACGCCAGUGGGUGCAGGGUUUUGGGGAAGGGGGUACAGCAGGAGAGGGGAUGGGGCUGGCCAGAGAACCUUGGAGUGUUUGGGGCAUCUAGAGAUGUAUGGAACUGCAGGGGGAUCCUGAGGGUGUAUGGGGGCACUUGGGGUAUCGUGGUGGUGUGGGACGUCGUGGGAGCUCUAUAGGGUCACGAAAUAACCUAGGGGUGCGUGGGACACCCUCAAGCACACGGUAGAACCCUGAGGGCGUUUGAGGCAGCUGGUGGGGGCUA